AUGACCGUGUCCGAGUCCAAGGACCUUCGAGGCCUCAACCUCAUCGCUGCGCAUUCGCACAUUCGGGGCCUGGGCGUCGAUGCCACCAGCCUUGAGCCCCGAGCCGCCUCGCAAGGCCUCGUUGGCCAGCAAAAGGCGCGCAAGGCGGCCGCCGUCAUCCUCCAGAUGAUCAAGGACGGCAAGAUUGCCGGUCGCGCAGUCUUGAUUGCUGGCCCCCCGAGCACCGGAAAGACCGCCAUCGCCAUGGGCAUGGCGCAAUCGCUCGGCCCCGACGUCCCUUUCACCUCGCUCGCGUCGUCCGAGAUCUUCUCACUCGAAAUGUCCAAGACAGAGGCCCUCACCCAGGCCUUCCGCAAGUCCAUCGGCGUGCGGAUAAAGGAGGAGAGCGAAGUCAUGGAAGGCGAAGUCGUCGAGAUCCAGAUCGACCGGAGCGUGACGGGCAGCGCAAAGCAGGGCAAGCUGACCAUCAAGACAACCGACAUGGAGGCCGUGUACGACAUGGGCAGCAAGAUGAUUGACGCCAUGACCAAGGAGCGCGUCAUGGCCGGCGACAUCAUCUCCAUCGACAAAUCGUCUGGGAAAAUCACAAAGCUGGGCCGGUCGUACGCACGGUCCCGUGACUACGAUGCCAUAGGCGUCGACACCAAGUUCCUGCAGUGCCCCGAAGGCGAGCUCCAGAAGCGCAAGGAGGUGGUGCACACCGUCACACUUCACGAGAUCGACGUCAUCAACUCGAGGACCCAGGGCUUCCUCGCCCUCUUCUCGGGCGACACGGGCGAGAUCCGCAGCGAGAUCCGCGACCAGAUCAACACAAAGGUGGGCGAGUGGAAGGAGGAGGGCAAGGCCGAGAUUGUGCCCGGCGUCCUAUUCAUCGACGAGGUGCACAUACUCGACAUUGAGUGCUUCUCGUACAUCAACCGCGCGCUCGAGGACGAGCUGGCCCCCGUCGUCAUCAUGGCGAGCAACCGGGGCAACUCCCGCAUCCGGGGCACCAACUACCGCAGCCCCCACGGGCUGCCCCUCGACUUCCUGGACCGCGUCGUCAUCAUCAACACGCACCCGUACUCGCCCGACGAGAUCAAGCAAAUCCUCUCCAUCCGUGCGCAAGAGGAGGAGAUUGACGUCUCGGCCGACGCCCUGGCCCUGCUCGCCAAGAUUGGCCAGGAGGCCGGCCUACGCUACGCCAGCAACCUCAUCAGCACGUCGCAACUCGUGUCGGCCAAGCGCAAGGCCAAGCAGGUCUCGGUCGACGACGUCCAGCGCAGCUUCCAGCUCUUCUACGACCCGGCCCGCAGCGUCAAGUUUGUCGCCGAGUCGGAGAAGAGGCUGAUUGGCAACGACGGCGCCGUGGAUCUGUCGGUGACCAACGGCACGGGCGAGAAGAUGGACCUCAGCUAG